AUGUUAUUUUUAUCUGUAAUGAAUAAAUCGAAAAAGUUGGAAAUACCAACUGAGAAUAAAGAAUCUGAGAAGUUGGAAGAGAACACAAAAGAGCCUCAAAGGGAAGAGGUGCCCCUGAAAAAUCAAACAGAAACAGAAAGUGCCGAGGCAGAGCCAACAAAAUCAAAGGAAAAGAAGGAAGAGAAGACAGAAGAUGAUGAGUUAAGGUUGCCAACUGUUACAACUCAUUCAAAUGAGUUAGAAGCAUCAUCUUCGGGAACAAAAGCAAUUAUUGAAGAAAAAGAAGACGAGGAGUUAGAAAUUGCAAUACAAUUGGAAAUUGCAAACUCGUUGGAAAACAUUGAUUCAAAGGAUGAAUCCAACAAAGAAAAAAAGGAUGAUGAACAAGUUCAUUAUGAUAAUCAAAAGGAACAGGAAGAAGUCCUCGUGGAAACUGAAAAUGAAGAAACAGAUGAUGAAGAAGUUGGUGAUGAGGAAAAGAAUGAUAACAGUGACAGAGAAUACCAAGAACAGCUACAGGGUAUGUGGGAGAAUGUUAAGAAAUCAACUGGUUGCCCAAUGGAGAAAAAGGAUUCCAGGGAAGAGGAUGAUAAUGCAGAAGGUGAUGAAAAUCAGAACACUGACGAUGAUGAAGAUCAAAACACAGAAACUGAUGAAGAGGAGAACGUUGAGAAUGAAUCUACAAACCUCAAAUCACCUUCAAGGCAGGAAGUAAAUGAAGAAGAUGAGAACAUUAACAAUGAUGAAAUUGUUGCAUCUCCUCCGAGAAAAAUGAAAAGAAAAAGCGUCGCACCAAAGAAAAAUUGCAAUCAGUGAUCAUUGAAAAACAAGCAGAAGAUCCAAUGGAAAAAGACGAUGAAGAAACAGAUGAUUAUAUAAUGAUUAGUCAAUUCAGAGUGGAAAGGACACAACCACCAAGAAAAAGAACAAAAAAGGAAAAGAAUGCAACAACAAAAAAGGAAGAGGAAAAGGAUGAAAAGCAGUUGAAAAAAGAGGAAAGGGAGUGGUAUAGAAAAAGGCAGCAAAGGCCUUGGGAACAAGAACACCAACAAGAAGAAGCUUAAGAGUGCAAGAAAGUGAGAAAGCUGUUGAAGAAGAGGAGGAAGAUAGAGAGAGAUUGUAAAGGAAACUAAAAAGAGAGUUGGGAGAAAACCCCGUAAAACAGUGAAGAAAGAAGAAUCUGACAUCGAUGAAGAAGAUGAGGAAAGAAGAAGAAGAAGAAGAAGAGGAAGAGGAGGAAAAACCGUUGAACAAGAGAGACAACAA